AUGGAGAUGAAGAUUCAGAUGUGGCAGCGCCAGGGUCAGUCUGACACCAAGCAGAAGAAGGUCUACGGGCCAAAGUUACGGUUAUCAUGCGACAGCUGCUCUAAAUCCAAGGUGCGCUGCGAUCACGAGCGGCCAUCUUGCCAGCGCUGCUUCCAUGCCGGCGUGCCCUGUGUGUACAGUGUGUCGCGGAGGACGGGGAAGCCGUCCAAGUCGGCAACAAAUAGCGAGGGGGAAGCUGUGAAAAAUAACGUGUCAGCUAAGAGCACUUCAGUUGCCGUGCAGACUGAGAGCUCGCCUACCACGCCACCUCCUCCGUCAUUAACCUCAACAUCCACUGAUUUGACUCCUUCCACUGAAGCGCCCACCCUCUUCCACGGUAGUAGGGACAACGCGCUGGACAGCCUACUGAACUACGACAUCGACAUGUCCGACGUUGAGCCGCUCUCGUCGCACUUCCUCUCAGACCAUAUCUUCGCAACAGAGUCUAAUAUUCCCCUGGAUGAGAACCUAAGCAUCAGCAACCUCUCCGACUUCAACGAGAGUCUCAAUGAGUCUGUGCAGGCCCACAGCUUCAACAAAGACAUAUUGUCCUCCCUCAGUGGCGGUUUGGAGAUGUGGAAUUUGGAUUCGAUCUUGCAUGUCGACGCAAGUCGCCACACCUCUGCCAAUCGUAUGGAUAAGGCGUCCCCAUGUCUUUCCAUACCUCCGUCCUCAGUUAAAACCGCUGGAAUAGAAUCUGACCAAAUCCACAUGAACACAACUUUUUGCACCACCUCUCCCAGCCUCGUGCAGCCCAGCACUAUUGAUCGCGUACUCAACACCUGUCGCCGAGCAAUGACCACACUGUAUACAUUGCUGCAGUGCUCGUGCUCCCAGAGCAGCAGUUCGGCCCUGUCCAUAGCGCUCAUCAUCCUCAAAAUCCUCGACUUAUACGGUGCCAUCGCACGCUCAUCUGUCUCAAACACUUCACAAAUGGAUUCCGACAGCACCAGGGCCAGUAGAAACAGUAAAGAUACCAAUCAUGAGAGCGUCUCGAACGGGCAGUCCAGGUCCACGACAUCCAGCCCACUGCUCAGUUUCCCUUCCAUGGGCCAGAGUCUGGUACUUGGCGCCCCGAUAACCAUAGGUGUGUAUAAGAUUUGCGCAGAGGAUGAACGCCGAAUUAUUCUCAAUCUCCUUAUCAGCGAGCUACGCCGGGUCGAGCUCCUGGUUGAGGAGUUUGGGCGGCAGUAUGAAGGUGAGGCGGUCCACAGGGAGGACACUAUUUAUGGGACGCUUAAGCACUUUAUAUUGUCACGAGUAUACGUCAUACACGGCGAACUUAAUGCUGCACUCUAA